AUGGUGGGCCCCACAGCCUUGGACGUGCCCCCGACGAUGACGGUCAAGAUCUUCUCCGCUGGCGUGGCGGCCUGUGUGGCGGAUGCCAUCACGUUCCCGCUGGACACCGUCAAAGUCCGGCUCCAGAUCCAAGGUGAACGCCAGACCUCCAGAGCCAUCAGGUAUAAAGGUGUCCUGGGAACAAUCACCACUCUGGCAAAAACAGAAGGGCCAGUGAAACUCUAUAGUGGGCUGCCUGCUGGUCUCCAGAGACAAAUAAGCUUUGCUUCUCUUCGGAUCGGCCUCUACGACACCGUCCAGGAGUUCUUCAGCACAGGAAAAGAAACAACACCUAGUUUAGGAAGCAAGAUCUCAGCUGGUCUGACGACUGGAGGGGUGGCAGUAUUCAUCGGGCAACCCACAGAGGUCGUGAAGGUCAGACUUCAAGCACAGAGCCAUCUGCAUGGUCUCAAACCUCGCUACACCGGGACUUACAAUGCUUACAGAGUCAUAGCGACAACAGAAGGCCUGAUAGGCCUUUGGAAAGGAACUACUCUCAAUCUGACAAGAAACGUCAUCAUUAAUUGUACAGAGCUGGUUACAUAUGACCUAAUGAAGGAAGGCCUUGUGAAAAACAAACUCCUGGCAGAUGACUUACCCUGCCACUUUGUGUCAGCCCUUAUCGCCGGAUUUUGCACAACGGUCCUGUGCUCGCCAGUGGAUGUGGUAAAAACCCGAUUCAUUAAUUCUCCACCAGGCCAGUACACAAGUGUGCCCAACUGCGCCAUGACAAUGUUCACCAAGGAAGGACCGCUGGCUUUUUUCAAAGGAUUUGUACCUUCCUUCUUGCGAUUCGGAUCCUGGAACGUCAUCAUGUUUGUGUGCUUCGAACAGCUGAAGCGAGAACUGAUGAAGUCAGGGCGGACCGUGGACUGUGCCACAUAAUCACCUUCAGGAAAAGGCGGUAACACACCAGGGGGAAC